AUGAGUUGCCAACCACUCAUGACCACGCGACCCAACGAACCCAUGUCUUUAGACUCAUCUAGUCCGAGGUCUAUAUCCUUAGACCCUCCGCCAUUCAACUGGCUGCCCUUGAGCGGUAUUGGGCAUCACAACUUUGGUAUAGGCUCGAGGUCGAACGUCGUUACCAUGCAAGAAGUCGUAUCUCAGCUUUCCUUAUGGAGUCUUACUCCAUUACGCCUUUGUGUCUUAACAAUUAAAGUUCUAAAACCAUCAGAGGACUAUGGGAACACCUCCCGUAGCCUUUUUAUAGCUAGAGUGCUGCCUGUUCACCCCUAUUUGCAGAGCAAUGAGAAGUCCAUCAGCAAUAUUUUUGAUACUUCAAAGUAUGGCAUUUUGCAGAUUAAGAAUGGGUUGGCCGAUACACCUCAGAUGGGAUGGAAUAGCUGGAAUUUCUUUGCUUGCAAUAUCAAUGAAACAGUAAUCAAGGAAACAGCUGAUGCACUUAUUUCAACUGGGUUGGCCAAGUUAGGCUAUAUCUAUGUGAAUAUAGAUGAUUGCUGGUCUGAGACGGAACGGGAUUCAAAGGGCCAAUUGGUUCAUGAUCCAAAAACUUUUCCAUCAGGAAUCAAAGCUCUUUCCAACUAUGUACAUUCUAAGGGCCUCAAGCUUGGCAUAUACUCAGAUGCAGGGGCUUUCACUUGUCAAGUUCGAGCUGGUUCACUUUUUCAUGAAUAUGAUGAUGCAGCACUAUUUGCAUCUUGGGGUGUCGAUUACUUGAAGUAUGACAACUGUUUCAAUCUGGGCAUUAAACCAGAGAAAAGAUACCCACCCAUGCGUGAUGCUCUAAAUGCAAGUGGACGUGCAAUAUUUUAUUCAAUAUGUGAAUGGGGUGAAGAUGACCCUGCUUCAUGGGCUGGCAAGGUGGGAAAUAGUUGGCGAACAACGGAAGACAUUAAUGAUACAUGGGCAAGCAUGACUGCAAUUGCGGACAUCAAUGACAAGUGGGCACCCUAUGCAGGACCUGGUGGAUGGAAUGAUCCUGAUAUGUUGGAAGUUGGAAAUGGGGGUAUGACUUACACGGAGUACAGAGCACAUUUUAGCAUUUGGGCUCUAAUGAAGGCCCCACUUUUGGUUGGUUGUGAUGUAAGAAAUAUGACUGCAGAGACAUUUGAAAUUCUAAGCAACGAGGAGGUUAUUGCUGUAAACCAGGAUAGACUUGGAGUUCAAGGAAGGAAAGUUCAUGUUUAUGGGCAUGAUAAUUGCUAUCAGGUUUGGGCUGGUCCGCUGUCUGGAAAUCGUUUGACUGUUGCUUUAUGGAAUCGGUGUUCAAAACCAAGCACUAUUACUGCUAAAUGGGAUGCACUCGGACUUGAUUCUUCUACUAGUGUCUCUGUAAGAGAUUUGUGGAAGCACGAGUUUGUUUUACCCAACAGUGUGGGCUCGUUUAGUGCUCAUGUUGAUUCGCACAGCUGUGAAAUGUACAUUUUUACUCCUCAGACAGCGACGGCAAGUGAAUAA